AUGGCUACCCCUAGUGUCCUAGCUUUUGACGCUGAGGGUCGCGCCAUUGAUUUUGAGGUCUGGCUAGACGACCUGCAGCUGUUCUUACAGUGCGACAGAGCUGACGGCCUUUCUCUAUUUGACCUCACCUUUGGCGCCUCUCCUGCUCCUGCUGCUGAUGCUGAUCCCACUGUCCGCUCUCAGUGGGCCACCCGCGAUGCUGCUGCACGUCUUGCUGUGCGUCGCCACCUCCCUACCUCUGAGCGCGCGCACUUUAGUCAGAACAAGAGUGCUCAGACCUUGUACGACACUGUAGUUGCGCGCUACUCCUCCCCUGCCACUGCUGCACUGAGCCGUCUCCUGCUUCCCUACCUCUUUCCUGACCUCUCUGCCUUUCCCACUGUCGCUGACCUCAUUACGCACCUCCGCACUAGUGACACUCGCUACCGUGCCGCCCUUCCUGCUGAGUUCUGCGCUAAGAACCCCCCCCCCAUGUACAUCACUCUCUACUACGUAGUCGCGCGCCUCCCUGACUCCCUCCGCGUAGUCAGGGACCACCUUCUCACAGUCUGUCCCACCACCCUCACCGUCGACCUCCUAGAGAAGGCCCUCCUCGCAGCGGAGAAGAGUAUAGUCGCUGUAGGUGCCUCUCGUGGUGACCCUCGCACCCCCAUCUUUGAGGGGUGCUCUCCUUCCCCCUUGCUGCCCUCUGUUGCCUCUGCUGCUGCUGCCGACCUGCUUGGUCUUGAGUCAGUCGGCGCGGCGUCUGCCCCUAGUGGGAGACGUCGCUCUAGCAAGGGCAAGGGGGGCAAGGGCGCGGGUGGAGGUGGAGGGGGCGGUGGCGGUGGCGGCGGGGGCGGCGGAGGGAGUGGGGGUGGCGGUGGGAGUAGUGGUGGUGGUGGUGGUGGUGGCAGCAGCGGCGGAGACGGUGGUGGUGGUGGCAGCGGUGGUGGAGGUGGCAGCGGCGGAGGUGGAGGCGGCGGAGGUGGAGGCGGUGGAGGCGGUGGAGGCGGCAGCGGAGGAGCCGGAGGUGGUGGAGGGAGCGGAGCUGGUCGGGGUGGUACCCAGCAGCGUAGCGGCGGUGGUGGUGGCCAGCGCUCGCAGCGGCAGCAGCAGCAGCGCUCGUGGGACAUCCCUCCGCCCCAGCAGCUUCGUGAGUGGUACGCUGGGCGUCAGAGGGGUGGGGGUACUGGUCCCUGCACCUACGUUCUUCGUUCCGGCGACCGCGCGGGUGAGCAGUGUGGGGGUGCCCACGCCACUCAGCGCUGCUUUGGCCGCCUGACGGACGCUUGGCGUCAGCAGUUCCCCGGGGCUAGUGAGAUCCCUCGUUGGGAUGAGCUUCUUAGGGCUGGUGUAGCGAUCUUUGAUCUUGAUUUUGAUGCUAUCCUUGCUGCUAUGUAUGCUGUGACUUAUAGUGAGGAGAAUGAGGGUUACCGGUGUUUCCAGCCCGACCCGGGCAUUGGUACUGCUGCGCUAGGUGCUUGUGAGGCUGCUGCUCUAGGUGCCAGUGCGUCUGCGCUCUCAGGUACUGACCGCACUACCCUUACGCCUCUUGGCCGGCCGGUUGCGGUCUCCCUUGCUGACCCUUCUGGGGGUCCUGUCCUGUCUCACUUCUCCACUGUCCUCCCGUGUCCGGCUGCCCCUUCGGGCACCCUGUCUGGUCUGUACCUUCCCUCGUUCUCUACGAACUUGGUGAGUGGUGCAGCCCUACAGGAUGCGGGGGUUCACUUGUUCACUCCUGCGAGUCAGCGGGUGACCCACUGCACGGACGCACGCACAGGCCGACACCUGGCCACCUUCUCGCGUCGGCCGGGGUCGAGUCUCUACACCCUGACCACUUCGUCUCCUCCUGUCCCUGCGUCCGGUCAGGUAGCUGCGUCAGGUCAGGUGCUUGCUGCUGCGUCCCGGUCAGGUCCUGAGUCUGCCCCCUGUUCUUGUCGCCUCCUGUCUCACGAGACUCUCCUGUGGCACCACCGUCUUGGCCACCCCUCCUUGCCCCGUCUUCGGAGCAUGGCUUCCCGUGUCCUUGUCUCUGGUCUUCCCCGGUCUCUCCCUCCUCUCCCCUCCGGGCCAGGACCUUCCUGUGUCCCCUGUGUCGAGGGUCGCCUCCGGGCUACUCCUCACUCCUCCCACUUCCCCCCGACAGAGGCUCCCCUGCAGACGCUUCACAUGGAUGUGUGGGGCCCAGCCCCCGUCCGUGGGCAGGGUCACGAGCGCUACUUCCUGUUGGUGGUUGACGACUACUCGCGUUACACCACAGUCCUCCCCUUGCGCAGCAAGGGUGCGGUCACUGAGGUGUUGAUCGACUGGAUCCGCGAGGCUCGUCUCCAGCUGAGGAAGAGCUUCGGCUCGGACUGUCCUGUUCUGCGUCUGCACUCGGACAGAGGCGGAGAGUUCUCCUCUCGCCUUCUGCGAGACUACUGUCGUGCACGGGGGAUCCGCCAGACCUUCACGCUUCCGGACUCUCCACAGCAAAAUGGGAUUGCUGAGCGCCGCAUUGGCAUGGUCAUGGAUGUCGCUCGUACGUCCAUGAUGCAUGUGGCUGCCCCCCAUUUUCUGUGGCCGUUUGCGGUGAGGUACGCGGCGCAUCAGCUCAACCUUCAACCCCGGGUCUCUAGGCCUGCGAUGUCCCCAGCCUUGCUGUGGACGGGGAAAGUUGGCGAUGCGUCUGCGUUCCGUGUCUGGGGAUCUCGGGCGUUUGUCCGCGACUUGUCUGCGGACAAGCUGUCCCCUCGUGCUGCUCCCUGUGUCUUCCUUGGCUUCCCCACUGACGCCCCAGGGUGGCAGUUUUACCUCCCCUCCUCUCGUCGUGUUCUGUCCUCCCAGGACGUCACGUUCGACGAGUCAGUCCCCUUCUACCGUCUCUUCCCCUACCGCACUCCUUCCCUCCCCCCUCCCCCGGACUUCCUUGUGCCGGUUCCCCCCCCGGUAGACCCCCUCCCCCCUCAGGUUCCUGCCCCCUCAGGUGUGUCCCAGGUAGACGCCGUUGACCCGGUCGAGGUUACUGGUGACUCUGGUGCUGCUGCGGGUGCUGAGCCUGGGGGUGCUGACUCUGGGGGUGCUGUGCGCGGGGGUGCUGAGCCUGGGGGUGCUGGGCCUGGGGGUGCUACUGCGGAGGGUGCGGAGCCUGGGGGUGCUGAGCCGGGGGGUGCUGUGCCUGGAGGUGCUGGGUCUGGGGGUGCUGGGUCGGGAGCUGCUGAGCCUGGGGGUGCUGAGCUGGGAGCUGCUGAGCCUGGGGGUGCUGCGUCUGGAGCUGCUGAGCCUGGGGUUUCUCCUGCUGCUGCGCCUCGCCGGGAGCCCCUCUCUCUACAGGAGCUGCGCGAGUGGUUCGCUCGCCGCUGGAGGCGUGCUGCUGAGUCUGGGGGUGCUGCUGGAGCUGGAGCUUCUUCGACCGUCGAGGGUGCUGGUGCUGCCGGUCCCGGAGCUGCUGGGCCUGCGGGUCCUCCUGGAGCUGGAGCUGCUGAGGGUGUUGGUGCUGAGACUACUGCUGUUGGUCCUGCCGCUGGAGGAGUGGGUGGCGCUGGUGCUGUCGCUGAGGGUGCUGGUGCUGUCCCUGCUGCGUUUGGAGCUGCCGCGAGGCCUUGGCCGUACUUCGUUCCGCUCCUGCAGCAGGUUCUUGGUCUUUCUCCUCCAGUAGAGGGUCCACCGCCUGUCCAGUCGCAGUCCCUGCUGGAGCCUUCCUCUCCACUGCCUGCUCCCUCUCCUUACACUGGUCCUACUGGAGGUCUUGCUGAGCGUCGUGAGCCUGCGUCUCGUCCCGCGUCGCCUGUUCGUGCUGCUCGCGCUAGUGGUCGCAGUUCGCGUCAGCGUCCUCCUCCUGUCCCUGGCACGCACCGGAUGUCUCUGCGUCCGUCCACUGCUCCUCUGCGUGCCCCUUUGCCUUCUCCUCCUGAGUCCUCUCUUCCUGCGCUUGCCGACCCUGCGUCGGACUCUCUUCGUGCUGCCAGUCCUACUGUCACGCGUCUGCUUGCUACUGUCGUCACUGACCCCUCUUUUGAGUCCACUGCUGCGUUUGCUCUAGUCGCUGAGCUCGUCGACUUUGCUGCUCGCUGUCGUCUCGACUACGCUGCUAGUCUUGUUGCUGAGUCUGCGUCUGUCUGUCCUCCGUCCGUCGGGGGUGAGUGUGCUCUUGGCACGGACGUCCUAGAGGACAGGCAGGAGGAGUUACAGUGUCUAGCGGGUGCUUCACCUCAUCUCGCGUCUGUACUGCUUGCCCCUGAGGGAGACCCGGAUGCACUAGACAUCCCGACUCCGCGCUCUUACGCGGAGGCCGUAGAGGGUCCCUACUCCUCUCAGUGGCAGGCAGCUAUGGAUGCAGAGAUGGCUUCCUGGAAGUCCACAGGCACCUACGUUGACGCGGUUCCCCCUCCUGGGGCGAACAUCGUCAGUGGCAUGUGGAUCUUCAGGGUGAAGCGGCCGCCGGGCUCUCCACCUGUCUUCAAGGCGCGGUACGUUGCUCGUGGCUUCAGUCAGCGGCAGGGAGUUGACUACUUUCAGACCUUCUCUCCCACCCCGAAGAUGACCACUCUUCGGGUGCUGCUACACAUAGCCGCUCAGCGCGACUACGAGCUUCACUCUCUCGACUUCAGCACUGCGUUCCUGCAGGGUAGCCUGCGCGAGGAGAUCUGGCUGCGCCGUCCACCUGGCUUCACUGGGACUUUCCCUCCUGGCACCCAGUGGAGCCUCCGACGGCCAGUCUACGGUCUCCGCCAGGCACCACGUGAGUGGCACGACACACUGAGGACUACGCUUGCGGCUCUUGGGUUUGCUCCUUCUACUGCUGACCCGUCGCUGUUUCUGCGCACCGACACUUCUCUGCCGCCGUUCUACAUCCUCGUGUACGUCGACGACUUGGUCUUUGCCACAGCGGACACUGCUGGACUCGCCUACGUGAAGUCCGAGCUUCUGAAGAGACACACGUGCACAGACCUGGGUGAACUGCGCAGCUACCUUGGCUUGCAGAUCACUCGGGACAGAGCACGCCGCACCAUUACCUUGACUCAGUCACACAUGGUGCAGCAGGUCCUUCAGCGCUUCGGCUUCACGUACUCCUCGCCUCAGGCCACUCCUCUGCCUACUCGCCACUCACUCUCAGCUCUGCCUUCGGAUGAGUCCGUAGAGUCGAGUGGUCCGUAUGCAGAGCUUGUUGGCUGCCUCAUGUACCUGAUGACCUGCACACGACCUGACCUUGCAUACCCUCUGAGCAUUCUUGCACGCUAUGUUGCUCCUGGUAGACACCGACCAGAGCACAUGGCUGCAGCGAAGAGGGUAUUGCGCUACCUGUGCAGUACGUCGGGCAUGGGGCUAGUGCUUGGAGGGCGGAGUCCAGUGGUCCUUACAGGCCACGCGGACGCUUCUUGGGCUGACGACCAGGCUACGCAGCGGUCGUCGCAGGGUUACACCUUCAGCCUUGGUUCCGGCUCUGUCUCAUGGCGGUCUACUCGCUCGUCUUCGGUUCUCGGCUCCAGUUGUGAGGCUGAGAUCUACGCCGGGGCCAUGGCUGCACAGGAGCUUCGCUGGCUCACCUACCUGCUGACUGACCUUGGAGAGCCGCCUCGUUCUCCUCCAGUGCUGUACGUAGACAACAAGGCCAUGCUGGCCUUGUGUCGAGAGCAGCGCUUGGAGCACAGAACGAAGCACAUUGCUCUCCGCUACUUCCUUGCUCGUGAGCUGCAGCAGCGUGGUCAGUUGCGACUUGCGUACGUGGCCUCUGAGGCCAACACUGCUGAUGUGUUCACCAAGGCACUUGCGCCUUGUGACCAUCAGCGCUUUUGCACCCAGCUGGGUCUUGUGCCUGUCUUGCCUCACUUGCUCUCCUCUUGA